AUGCUUUGGCCCAUGCUGUUAACAAUACAAGCUGCAUGUGCUGGGCUUGCUCGUGGCAUGCAGCACUACCCAGCAGCUUGGGGACAUUAUGACGUGUGUAAGUCGCAGAUUUACACAGAAGAGGGCCUGGCCUGGGACUACAUGGCGUGCCAGCCAGAGGCCAUCGACAUGACAAAGUACCUGCGAGUGGCCCUCGACCCCCCAAACAUCACAUGCGGAGACCCGCCAGAGACGUACUGCGCUUUGGAGAAUCCGUACAUGUGCAACAAUGAAUGUGAUGCCAGCACCGAAGAGCUGGCCCACCCCCCUGAGCUGAUGUUUGACUUUGAAGGUCGUAACCCCACAACAUUCUGGCAGUCCACUUCAUGGAAGAAGUACCCUAAGCCCCUCCAGGUCAACAUCACGCUGUCCUGGAACAAGACCAUCGAGCUGACCGAUGACAUCGUCCUGACCUUCGAGUCAGGCCGGCCGGAGCAGAUGGUCCUGGAGAAAUCGCUGGACUAUGGACGCACCUGGACCCCCUACCAGUUCUAUGCCACCGAUUGCCUGGACGCCUUCACCAUGGAGCCCAAGACAGUCAACGAGCUCACCCAGCGCACCCUGCUGGACAUCAUCUGCACCGAGGACUACUCCCGAGGCUACGUGUGGAAAAAUGACAAGACGGUGCGUUUUGAGAUCAAAGAUCGCUUUGCCCUCUUCGCUGGGCCUCGUCUACACAACAUGGCCUCUCUCUACGGUCAACUGGACACAACCAAGAACCUGAGGGACUUCUUUACCAUCACCGAUUUGAGGAUUAGGCUGCUGAAGCCGGCCACUGGAGCCACAAUGGUGGAUGAGAAUAACCUGUCCAGAUACUUCUAUGCUAUCUCCGACAUCAAGGUGCAGGGCAGAUGCAAGUGUAACCUGCACGCCAACAGCUGCGUGUUUGACAAAGGGAAGCUGGGCUGUGAGUGCGAGCACAACACCACAGGACCAGACUGCGGCCGCUGUAAGAGGCACUACCACGGACGGGCCUGGAGUGUGGGCUCCUACCUCCCCAUCCCUAAAGGAACGGCAAAUAUAUGUAUCCCCAGUAAUCACGGACCAGCGCAUCGAGCAAAUGCUUCAUCUCUUGGUGUUGCAAAUCGUAACCAAGCUCGGGUGUGCGACAACGCAAUGCUGCGCUGUCAGAACGGCGGCACAUGCCAUCACCACCAGCGGUGCCACUGCUCCCCAGGCUUCACCGGCGUCCUGUGUGAGCGCGUGCAGUGCCAGGGCCCCGGGGAGUGCGAGGACCAACUGGCCGGACACGCCGCCCUCCUCCGCCCCCUCUUCCUCGGCCCUCGAGGAGCUCUCCCUUUCCCGCUGCUGCUCCUUCCUCCGCUGGUGGUUUCCCUCUGCUGA